AGGAUUGUAUGUGUGCUGUUGCUAUUUUUAGAUCAGGCGAUAUGUGUUGGAAGAAGAAGCUACCACUAUCAAAUGGGAGAGUGGAUCCUAAUCUUGAAGGAAGAGCACUUAUAAAGGUUAGGAGAGGUAAUGUCCCGAGAACUGCACCAGAAGUAAGAAUACAGAAAGAAAAUAGAGAUGGUCUGAUAGUAGUUGGAUCAGUGCUUCUGAGUUUCUCUGUGUUCGCUAACAUUUUAUUGGUUAGUGCAAUGUGUUUGGGUUUUUACUUCAUCAAUAAAAAGAAACUCAAAAGAAUGCCCCAUCAAGAUAGUUUUGCAGAAACAAAUUUGCGUUGUUUUACUUACAAAGAGCUUGAAGAAGCUACAGAUGGAUUCAAGGAAGAACUGGGAAGGGGAGCUUUCGGCAUUGUUUACAAAGGGUUCAUUAAUAUGGGGUCUGAUAUCCAAGUGGCUGUGAAAAGGUUAGAUACUGUGGUCCAAGAUAGUAAGAAGGAAUUCAAAACUGAGAUAAAUGUGAUCGGUCAGACCCAUCAUAAGAAUCUGGUUCGACUGCUGGGGUUCUGUGAUGAUGGAGAGCAUCAAUUAGUUGUGUACGAGUUCUUAAGCAAUGGUGCUUUAUCAAGCUUUCUAUUUGGAGAUAAUAAACCCAGUUGGAAUGAAAGAAUCCAGAUUGCGUUUGGGAUUGCUGGAGGAUUACUGUACUUACAUGAAGAAUGUAGUACUCAAAUUAUCCAUUGUGACAUAAAGCCCCAGAAUAUACUUCUGGAUGACUAUUACAAUGCAAGGAUUUCUGACUUUGGGUUGGCAAAGCUUUUGUCGUUGGAUCAGAGCUAUACCCUUACCGCCAUUAGAGGAACGAAAGGAUAUGUUGCCCCAGAUUGGUUUAGGAACUUGCCUAUUACCGUGAAAGUGGAUGUGUACAGCUUCGGUGUUCUGCUGCUGGAGAUCAUUUGUUGCAGAAGAUGUGUGGAUAGCAAAGAAAGCAAUGCAGACAAAGUAAUUUUGGCUGAGUGGGCUUAUGAUUGUUACAAUGAAGGAAGUUUAGAUGCCCUGGUUGAACACGACAUUGAGGCCAUGGAUGAUAGGAACAAACUAGAGAGGUUUGUGAUGAUUGCCAUCUGGUGUAUUCACGAAGAUCCAUCUGUGCGACCCACAAUGAGGCAAGUUACACAGAUGCUUGAAGGAAUUGUUGAAGUUCCCAUUCCACCAUGUCCCUUCCCAUUUAUGACGACUAGUUGAAACCUGCCUUUGUUUAUUCUACCUUCUUGGGUCACUAUUAGCAGCCACUAAUAAUAUUUGCGGCAUAAUUCAAAAAAAAAAAAAAAAAAAAAAAAAAAAAAAAAAAUA